UGAAUUUAAAUCUCUUAAUAAAGAUUUGGCUACUCGUUUGAUGGAAGAAAAUAUUCUUGGUAGAAAAGAUUCAUCAAACAAGAAGAAGAAAAGUGUUAAAGUUAGGAGCUUAAAUGCAAUGCAGGUAAAGGAUUUGUUUGGAAGUUUAGAACAAGUUAACUCUUCUUUAACAAAUAAGUGCUUCUGCGGAAAAUUAACUUAG